CACACACACACACACACACACAGCAAAGCUUGCAGAUCAUCCAAUCAACUUCUCACACGGCCUCAUACAGAUCUACAGGGACACCGAGCACCAGAGAACAAGAGAUUACAUUUAAUAUAAACACCAGGGAUACCAUGGUCAGAACAUUGAACAAUAUGGCGGAGCUAAGAGGUUCUAGUUUUGGUCGUCCCUGGCCGAGGCACGGACUCAAGCUCCUUUUCUGGUUUGCCAACGAUUACAUCGUCUUCAACGAUGACAACCAGAUGUUUGCAAAUCCCGACCCCAAAGAGGGAGACUUUGGUUUCCAUCACUUCCAGAACAGGCGUGAGUGUGAAAACAAUGUCUGCAAGAGGCUGCUUCCUUAUGAUGGCUACCCAUUCUAUGAGGUGGGCAACCUCCACCUCCCAACAUCUAAAUCAUUGCCUAAAUAUGUCAGGAAGUACAACACUGGUAACAUAGAUACCAGCAACAUGGACCGCCUCAUCAUCAGUAUGCGUUCAGACAGGAUAGUGGAUAAGGUCUAUGUGACCCAGCACGAGGACCUGAGGAGCUUCGACCCGGUCAACACCUAUUGCAUCAGCAGGGGGUUGCUCAUGAUCAUAUGUGGCCAUUCAUUGAGUAACUUCCUGGAACAGGCGGGCUAUUCCACCCAUGAGCAAAAUGCAAUUAUGUAUCAGGGCAUCGCCCCCAGGGAGUCUGGGGAUACUAGGAUUGAUAUGGAAGGUGGAUCCAGAGCUCCACCCAGAGCUGCACCCAGAGCUCCACCCAGAGCUGCACCAGGCUUCUGGGAAAGCCACUGUACCUUACUGUAACCAGGCUUCUGGGAAAG